UUUAUUAUUAUUUUUUAUAUAUGUAGAUUUUUUUAACAUCCUGAACCUGUUAAUCACAAGCGUACCAGAUCAAGUCAGCGUAACAGAGGGGAUAUAUGCUGAGAUAUUUACAGAUAAUGAUGUCAUCUCCUUCAACUACCUGACUCUCAUAUCAAAGCUCCAUCGAAAAUACAGAGACAUGUUUACUGCUACAGACAAGCGGAUUUUAAAAGCCUGCUGCAUGCAGCCCUUUAAAUUAUAAAUCUGUCAUCUUUGGUAGAACAUGAUAAUAUUAAUGACGACUGGCAUCGCUGGAAAAAACACCUUUCUGGAAACGGUAUCCAAUCACUCCAUAGGAUCAACACUAAAGAGUAACUUAUAGCGUUUCUGGUCAGUAAUGAAAUAAAAACCUCAAAACCGCAACAUUCCUGGUGUGAUCUCUAYAUGUUAUCAAGCAGCGACAGAUGGAUCCUCAGAACGUAGAUCUACUUCAGAUAACUCUUUGGAGACAGCAAACAUUUUCAAAUCCUAUUUUGCUUCAGUGUUCACACUUGACAACCCUGGUCCUAUUAAGACUAAAUUAACCUUGGAAGUCAAAGAGGUCCAAAUUAUACAUGAAAGCCUAGACACCACUAAAGCAACAGGACCUGACGCACCAUCACUUUGUAAGCUGUUUAAUAAAUCUCUUAGCACAGGACCUCCAGAAGUGGAAGGAAGCAAACAUCGUGCCCGUUUUCAAGAAAGGUUAUGCAGAGUUUACAGAGAACUACAGACCAAUUUCAUUACCGUCGCAGAUCUGGAAAGUGCUGGAAAGAUGUGACGUCACAUAUGAAGAUAUCACCGUUGCCAUGACUACGUUCUUAACAACCAAUCACAUUUAGGCCUUCCAUCGCUUAGAUUUAAAAAAUCAAGCAAAAGAUAUCAUACAUUAAUAUAAAUGAUGAUGCAUCUUCAGUGACUUACCUACUAGAUGGGAUCCCUAACCCGCGUGYCUUGCUGACAACCAUUAAAUGAUUUCAGACACGGCAAUCUUCAUUCAUGAAAUCAUCCCUCUUCACACACCUGUUGCUUUAUGCUGGAUUUAAUGAGGUUUCUGGUGGCAAGAAUUUCAUUUCUACACCUGCCUUAUGACGUGUAAGCUUUCUUAAUUAAAAUGAAUCAGCAAAAUAUAUUCACAUCAGUUUGUCAUCUGAGGUAGAAGGGUUCAGAAUGACACCCGAGCACAAGUAUCGUGUUGCACUUUUCAUCUGUCUUUUGCUGAUUGGAGACGAAUUCACACGAGCAAGACACCUGAAUAGCCAGCUAAAAGAUCAUCACGGCAAGAAAAACAAAGACAUUAAACAAACUCCUGACCAAGAUAAAGACAAACCCGAAGAUGGUGAACGGCUUGAUGGUUACACAACUGAAGAAUUAAACACUUGCAUACAAAUGGAAAAGGAUCUGAAGGAAGCGCGAGCAAAAAUAUCUCAUCCCCUGACGGACCAGCUGCAUCGCCAAUCUCUGGUAGAAGAGGGCGGAGGAAAGAAAGGUUGGAUUAAUCCUACUUUAGUUUUCAAGGUCAUCAAAAUAUUUUCCAAUGGGGUUGGGUUUCUCGUCAAUGGUAUAGCUUUAGCACAUUCUGUACAAAAGGCAAUCGAUGGAUGUUGUGAUUCGGCAAACAAGGAAGCUUGUUCAUAUCGUGAAAAAUACGAGGAGGUGGGCAAGAAUGUUGCGGCGCUAUCUGAUACAGCAGACGACCUACAACUAAAAGCUAAACUAGCACAGAUGUGGAUCGAGAAAGUGACUGAGGACUAUGAUGAAAUUCUUGAGAAAUUACGAAACAUUGACGCCUUGGAAAACAAACUAAUCCAAGAAAUCAGCCCCGAUGUUGCUGYUGCAACGAUGCGUGCACAAGGAAAGAUUAAGGAAUUAAUUAAAGAGAAAAAUGAGACUCUGGAAGGCAUUCCAUUCGUUCAAGUAGRCGCACUUUUUCGAAGUACUUUGCAAAGCGUCUUUGAUAUUGCUGGUCCUCUUUUGGGUAUUGCUAUUCCUGGUAUAAUCAGUAUUUAUCAGUAUUCAAGAUAUAAAGCAAGAAUGCGUCGUCUCGGAUACAUUGAAAUGGAAGAGGACGUCGAAUUUAAACUGCCUAAGAAAUCAGGUAGUUCGAAAUCAUUUUAUCAAGAAGCCAAGUUUAAACGAUGGACGUCAAGACAAUGGAAAAUAUCUCGAAUCAAAUACCAGAUCUCCGAUAUCAAAGAAGCUUUCAAGCGCAGCUUUAAGAGAGUCAAAAGACUAGCCUCCAAAUUCUCGGGAAUAUUCAGCAUUGUCAGCGGUCUUGCAAGUGCUGGAUACUCAAUCUAUAACAUGAUUAAAAUUGAGGAGGAAUGUAAACAAACACGAAAAAAAAUAAAAUGUGCUUACAUACAAACCAAGGAGGCCGAGAAGAAGAUACAAGGUCAGAUCAAUUCAAUUAAGAACGUUACUGCAGUUAUGAUGGAGGGUUGGGAUAUAGUACGGAGCAGCCUAAUGUACGAGAUGCUACUCACGUCAUUGAAUGAAACAGGAACCAUGAUGGCUGGUGCAGCAAAUCAAAGUGUAGCAAUAUGCAAAGUAUAACCGAUAACAUCUUCGGGUUCCUUACUGAAAUCAAAACAUCAAAUGAUUUCAACAUCACAUCCGAUGCAAGCACAAAACUCUUGAUGGCACUUGGAAAGAUACCUUUUUCUUUAAAAUGCUACACAAGCAAAAUUAAUACUCUUAAUGCAGUUGUCAGUGACUGUAAGAAAGGCGAUUAUUCUAUUAACAAGCUCAUAAAGAAAUCAAAGAAAGUGCCUGAGAGUAUAGACCCAAACGAUAUAAACGAUCCCAGGAACUGCAGGGAUAGCAUUGGGUUUUUGUACAUAGAAGACGACCACUUUAAGGAGGCCUGGAAAAAAGUAGCUGACAAAGAAGGUUACCAUCCCUUGUGUUUGAUGAACAAGCCCCUCGAUAGGGAGAAUAUCUGCAAACAGAUGAAAGAAAACCUUUUGGAUGCUGAACAAAUUGCCGCCAAAAGCAUCAACUGGGAUAGAGACGAUGUGCAAGAAGUAAUGGACCUUCUAAAGAAAUUUUUUUCUCCUGGAGAACAAAGGUUAAUUUGCAGAAAUAAAGAAAGGURCAAGCAUCCAAAAGAAAAGAAGAAGCUAGAAGAACGUCUCAAGAUGACAUUUCCAAAUUAUAAGCUGGAGGAUCUCUUAGCUGUGAAAUGUCCAGCACCUGAUUCUAAUUCUGAAACGUGUAUUUCAGAUGAAGCAUUUUCCACCAAGCAACUUGAGCGUGAAAAACUGGAGUCUGGAUAGUAAUGAGGUGGUAAAAUUAUCCACAGACGUUUAAAAUAUGUCAUGAACUGCAUGCACACAGUAUCAGAAUUAAUAACACAGAAGAAGAGAAAUAUUAAAAAUCACUGCUUUGAAAAUAACGAGCGUAUUUUCGGGGCUUAUCGGGGUUCUCAUUUCAUCAGAGCAAUAUAUGCUAUGAAACCUGCCUGUUUGAAUAAUUACUUUAAAAAACCUCUGAUUCUAGCCUCCUCCACAGAAUACCCCAUAUAUUCUCUAUUGGGAUCCCCGUGUUAAAUUUUAUGUCAGAGAAGAACUAAAGGACAAGUUAUACCAAAUCUAACACUGCAAGGGUCGAAAGAACAGUAAGAGUGCAUGCAUACCUUUGAGGAAAUCGGCAAAAUAUCAAAUAGCAACCACUAGCAAAAGUGGAAAGUAGCUCAGGAUAUGACAGCCUUGAGCGCCAGGAAUCCAACUAGGGAAUUAGACUCUCUUUCAAGACUGUCAACCUAGAGCGGGAGGGGCCGGGAAUUAGGACGCAACCAUUUUCAAAUUCGCAAAUACUUAGAAAAGAAAAUACCUCGAAAGCAAGUCCCAUUAAGUGAGAUGGCAUUGAUUCAAACACUACGAACACCAAUAAACAAUAAUUGCCCGCAAGCCGAAUUAACCAUGCGCAAUGCGUUCAAAGAAGAGCUUUUCAAUUAAAAAAAAUUAAUUCCCUUAAAAUCAAUAUAACAAUUGCCCGCAAAGUUUCCAUGAGCAAUACGUUCAUAGCAGGACUUUUCAAUCCAAAAUCUCACUUCAAAUAAAUAUAACAACUUUCUGUAUAGCUAGCUAUGAUCGAUACGUUUAAAGCAGGACACAAGAGUACCAGAAAACAAAAUUUCGUAGCUAUCUUCGAACUUAUCAUUGGAAUUUCGGAUGAGCAUAGAUCAAACAUGUUGCACUGUCAAGACCGGUUCAACUUUACAAACAAACAAAGACCUGAUAACAAUAGGUUUCCUAACCAUUCCCCUCUAUUUACUAUGGUACCACGUCAACAGGAUUACCAGCAAGCGAACACGUGUUACACAACAGACUAAGCAUGUUUGCCCCAAAACACUAGAUUUUAGCGUUAUACAGAAAUAAACAUCAACGGCAAAACAUACCUAACCCACUCGUCGAUACUACUUGACCGUAGAAAAAUUUUUUAAGGCCUUUCUUUUUUUGCUGCAUAGAAUAUAAAAAGAAUGUAAUUAUGUUUUCAAAGAAAUAGUAAACGUAUUUCAUUCUCUAUUGUGA